AUGAGGGCUUUUCUGUACAUAGUCGUCGUUGCACUCGCUUCUGAUGCGGUCCGCUGUUUAUAUUUACCGGGAGCAGAGUUUGGUGGGCUAAGAAAUUCUGCAUCCUCACUCUCACGCUUCGCCCGAGUGAGGCGUUUGCCCAGACCUUCACAUCGAGUGAUUGACCCAAAUGAAGACUGUUUUCUGGUAACAUCGGACGAGGGGGAGCUGUUUUUUAAGUCACCCUCUGAUGAACCCACCGUAUGCGGUAUCUAUAUGAUAGCGGAACCAGACAAGAAGAUUGAGGUCGUCUUCAAUUACCUUGAUGUGCCGUGCGAUAAUGGAGGACUCGUUGCGUGGAUCGACGGUUGGGAGCUUAAUGGUCAGGUGUGGCCUGCAGAUUCUUGGGACGAUGACAGGCUUGUUGAAUCUUGUGACAAACGACCAAACCGGAAACUCGUGUCUCGUCAAAAUGCAGCUCUCAUACAAUAUCGCGUGCCAGCUCAAGGAAAAGGUUUCGCGGUCACUAUUCGCCACGUACGGAAUGCUAGACCUUGUAAUGUGAUGCUGUUCGGUACCGAGGGUGUUUUCACUCUGCGCAAUCAUGGAGAAACGGGGAAUUGUACCUUAAUAACAGUUUCUCCAUCGACGGUCCAAGUGUUAGACUUGAAUGUUGGGCAAACUGCUAAAAAGGGACGGCUUUUGGAAUUGGAAACAGGAACGAUUCAUCAUUGCACAAAGCGAGGCUUGCCUGACCAUGUGGACAUUGGGGGCGCAAGCGGUCUGGACCACACCAAAAUGGAGGUGUUCGACAGUUUGUGUGGACUCGAUUCUAAUGAAGCUCGUCGAGCAUCGUUGAUCGCGUGCGAAGACACUGUAGCACGACUCGUCUCCAGCGGGAAAUAUCACAACUCCAUCACUUUGGCUUUUACUCCACUCUCACUGGACGACAUCGAACAUGCAGACCUUAUAUGCGGACUUAAUGACCUCUAAAUCUGACCUGUCUUGAUCAAUUGA